UCAUACCUAGUGUCACUUGAUUUUUGUGUAAAUAUAUAUAUAUGUAGAUGUAUAUAGUGUAUAUACAUUGGUAUAUGUAAGAGCUUUGGUAUGUUGUGAAUUUCGAGAGCAAUAAACUUGCCUUUUUGAACCACAAAGCGCUACUUUCAACAGAGAAUUCCUAGUGAGAAUCGCGCGAGAUUUCCGUAUCAGAACGGUUCCAAUCCUCACGAUUACAAUCAUUACAAUAAAGAGCAAACCAGCUGAAAGAUGCACCAAAUAGUGAUGUUUUUAUAGUGCUUAAGGAAUUGCUUGGCAUUUAUUUUUUAUGUUGGCGAAUCAGUAGAAUCCAGGAACCUUCUUUUUUAGUCGCACCGCAUUCUCGUUGAAUUCCACGUAUUUAUUGGACGAAAUAUUGUUUUUCUUUGGCAAAAUGGCAGAUCAAUCUGGCAACCCAUCAAAUGUGCGUAGGAAUGUUUUACGUAUGGAUAUCCCCAGGCAACCAUUGCAUAGUACAUUUGGUUUUAAGCCUCUGCCAGGCCAAAAUAAUACUGCCCCUAAUAUUACAGAUCCUACCAUCAUGAACAACUCUAGGGCAAUGUUGUUGCCCAGGAAUCCUUUAGAACUGCCUGCAGAGAAACUGAGAGCCUUCAACGUAAAAGGCAAAUAUACCAGUUUUAAGGAACCGAAGUUUAGAAUCCCGCACCAGAUUCAGUCGACGGGGAAACUGAAGUUCAGCCAGAACGAAAAGUACGAAUUCACGUCGGAGGAUUUGCAAGAUCUGGGGGAGAUCGGCAGAGGAGGUUUUGGGACUGUGAAUAAAAUGGUGCACAAGUUGUCGAAUCAUGAGUUGGCUGUAAAAAGAAUUCGCUCAACUGUGGACGAGAAAGAGCAGAAACAGUUGCUGAUGGAUCUUGAGGUGGUCAUGCGGAGCAACGAGUGUCCGUACAUCGUGCAGUUCUACGGUGCGCUCUUCAAAGAAGGCGACUGCUGGAUCUGCAUGGAAGUGAUGGACACGUCGCUGGACAAGUUCUACAAGUUUAUAUACGAGAAGCUGAGCGACAGAAUACCGGAAGCGAUCAUUGGAAAGAUCACCGUCGCCACGGUGCUGGCACUCAACUAUCUGAAAGAAGAGCUGAAGAUCAUCCACAGAGAUGUUAAACCGAGCAAUAUCUUGCUGGACAAGCACGGAAACAUCAAGCUAUGUGAUUUCGGGAUUUCAGGACAGUUGGUGGAUUCAAUAGCUAAAACAAGAGACGCUGGUUGUAGACCAUACAUGGCGCCUGAAAGGAUAGAUCCUCAGGGAUGUCCUGGUUAUGAUGUUAGGAGCGACGUCUGGUCGUUGGGUAUAACACUGAUUGAAGUUGCCACCGGUCAUUUCCCAUAUCCACGUUGGUCCAGUGUCUUCGAUCAGUUGCAUCAGGUUGUCAAUGGGGAACCGCCGCAGCUCUCUACCAAUGGCAACACGUUUUCACAAGAAUUCGUACAGUUCGUCAAUACUUGUUUGAUCAAAGAUGAAACAAAGAGACCAAAGUACAAUAAACUUAUGGAGAUGCCUUUCAUUCAAAAGGCGAACUCAACUAAUAUCGAUGUGGCCGAGUACGUUUCGAAGAUAAUGGACGAAAUGACCAAUAAUGGUGUGAGUGCUUUUACCACUAACCUCCAAUGAAAGUACUUUCUCCCUCGCCUCGCGAGUGAUUUCCAGCCCCCCGAAAGUUGAAACCACCAAUGAGACAUUCCUUAUUUAGACAAGCAAAAAAAAAA